GUGUGGGAAUAUGCGCAGAGGAAAUGAUGUUGUAAUGGUCCUCUAAUUACAGCGAGUUGCAUGGCUACUUCCUCCUAGGAAUUGUCGUAGCGUAGCUCCACUCCAUAAGAAUAUCGAGUGAGGAACACCAAAGGUUAUAUGGUACGCUGGCCAAGUUACUGACCGCAACUUUGUAUUACUUUGGAUUAUGAACGUUUUUUAAAUUGUAACAUUGUAUCAAAGUCGAAGGGCAAUGUCGGCUGAAACUGGAAUCUUGCUUUUGAAGGAAUCAAAACAAAUAGGCUAUUUUCGGUGAAUUUUCGGGAGAUGGCAGACUAGCCUGACUUGUGCUUUUAGCACAUUCGGUUACGUCUGUGUCCUCGACGCACUUAGUAAGUUUUACAUGUAAGGUCUACGAUGUUAGAUGACGACAUGUUUAUUCUGGUCUUCAUACUUCUGGUUUUACCCUCUUUCAGUGUGGAAGAUAAGGGCAGCGCGAGCGACUAUGAGUGUGUUUGCGACGGGCCGUCAUGCGACAGCGGAGACCGUUGUAUUGGCCAGCAGUGCUUCUCAGCCGUCUCCAUCCAGAACGCCACGUUCUUCCGACGGAAGGGGUGCAUUGUGGGGCAUGGCGAAGGGUCCAUAAGCUGCGGAAGUCCCCCAUCCCAUAACUUGACUGUGGAGUGCUGCCAUGGCGACCUUUGUAACAUGAAUAUCACAGUGGCAGACCCAGAGAGAGAUGAGGAAGUGGCGCCUGCCUUGCAAGACGAUGAGUGUGUGUGUGAGGGACGGUCAUGUGAGGGCAGGGAGCGCUGUACAGGCCAGCGGUGUUUCUCCUCUGUGAAGAUCAGUGACGGGUAUGUGGGUCACCAGAAGGGCUGCCUUCAGGAUGACGACCAGGGGAGAGCCACCUGCGCCACCCCUCCCUCUCACAGCCACAUAGUCAAGUGUUGCCAGGGGCACCUGUGUAACAUGAACGUCACUGUGGAAGCACCAGCAAAAGAAGAGAAAGUGAAGUCCGCCGGCGAACACGAGUGCGUGUGCAAGGGGCGGUCGUGUGCCACCGGGCAGCGCUGCAUGGGCCAGCACUGCUUCUCCAGUCUGACGGUCAGCGACGGAGACCUGGUCUACCAGAAGGGUUGCUUCAAGGUGUACGAGCAGAGCAGAAUGACCUGCAAGACGCCGCCCUCCCGCGACCAGAUUGUGGAGUGCUGCCAGGGCCACCUGUGUAACAUGAACGUCACUGUGGAGCUGCCUGUUAUUGCAAGCAACCUGCCCAACUACAGCUUGACUACACUGGCCAUCGUCAUCGUGGCUCCGGUCAUCGUGCUCGUCGUCCUCUCCGGCAUCGCCAUCCUGGUGUUCAGACGCAUCCACCAGAACCAGAUGGAGAGGCUGACGGCCCGGGAAGCUGAGUACGGCACCAUAGACGGCCUCAUCGCCUCCAACGUGGGGGAGAGUACACUUGCGGAUUUGCUGGACCACUCGUGCACGUCGGGAAGCGGCUCCGGACUCCCCUUCCUCGUUCAGAGAACUGUCGCCCGACAAAUCACGCUCAACGAGUGUGUGGGUAAGGGGCGCUAUGGUGAGGUGUGGCGGGGCCAGUGGCAGGGGGAGAGUGUGGCUGUGAAGAUCUUCUCCUCCAGAGAUGAGAAGUCCUGGUUCAGAGAGACUGAGAUUUACAACACAGUGCUGCUGAGGCACCAGAAUAUCCUGGGCUUCAUCGCUUCGGACAUGACUUCCCGAAACUCGAGCACCCAGCUGUGGCUGAUCACACACUUCCACGAGAUGGGCUCCCUCUACGACUACCUGCAGCUGAGCACCCUGGACACAGCCAGCUGUCUGCGCAUGGCCUUGUCCAUCGCCAGCGGCCUGGCACACCUCCACGUGGAGAUCUUCGGCACCCAGGGAAAGCCGGCCAUCGCCCACCGAGACCUUAAGAGCAAAAACAUACUUGUCAACAAGAACGGCCAGUGCUGCAUCGCCGACCUGGGUCUCGCUGUGAUGCAUUUCCAAGACACAAACGAGUUAGACGUGGGCAACAACCCUAAAGUGGGUACGAAGCGCUACAUGGCCCCAGAGGUCCUGGACGACUCCAUCCAGAUGGACUGCUUUGAGUCCUUCAAAAGAGUGGACAUCUGGGCCUUUGGCCUGGUCCUGUGGGAGAUCGCCAGGAGGACGGUCAGCAACGGCAUUGUAGAAGACUACAAACCUCCCUUCCAUGAUGUGGUGCCCAGUGACCCCAGCUUCGAAGACAUGAAGAAGGUUGUGUGUGUGGACCAGCAGAGACCCAACAUCCCCAACAGAUGGUUCUCAGACCCAACUUUAACGUCCAUCGCAAAACUUAUGAAGGAGUGCUGGUAUCAGAAUCCCUCUGCCAGAUUAACGGCGCUACGCAUCAAAAAGACUCUGACAAAAAUCGACAACUCUCUGGACAAAAUGAAAGCGGACUGUUGAGCUUCUUCCUCGUUGAUGCAGAGGGAGAGAAGACCUAAUGGCCUUUUUUAAAGAUGUCAGGCAGUUUGGUUUCCUGGACAACACACAGGAGAAAAGGGACUGGUUGGGCUCAGUGCUCUUGAAGUGGCACAUUGUAUUUAUUUUGAAACACUCUUGGUGGGACACAUUUUGGCAUCCAAAGAUGACUUACAGGGCAUUUAAAUCACUGCCAAUAGUCUUGGAAAAUAGGGGACUAUCACUUUAAAGACAUAGGAAUAUUGAACUAACGUUCUUCAAAGAAGAGACUGUUACCUGGGCAUUUGAGUACCGUUGAUCGCUUUAGAGCUACCCAAUUUUUAUUUUUGACACGACUUAAGUUCGAGAAACAUAUGAACGUAUUUAAUUCAGCAAUAUUGGCUGUGCUUUAUCGCUGUUAUUGCACUAGCAAUGUUCGCAUUCCUGACAUGCACUGUUGCGGAUGUAUUUGGGAAAAAAAACAACUUGCCAAAACGUAUUUUUUUUUUAAUUGUCCACACAAACUCCAUAUCUUAACAGUAAUCAAAAUUAGGAAAACGUUUUUAAGUUUUACUUGGACUGCAUCUCUUGCACCGCUGUUUACGAAAUUGUUAGACCAAUUCUCUUGGUAUUUCGUCCAAGCUGUAACUUAUUUAGCUAACGCACUGUGUUGUAGAAUUGUGCUGCAGACAGUUGUAGGCACUCUCUCUUUUAUUCGUCCUUCGGAGGUGUUUGUCUCAACGUAUCCUGUCCUAGAAACUUUGUAUAUCACCAUACAUUUUACAUUAUGUACCUGUUCUUUGUUUGGUUGAUUCAUCAGCUUUACUGAGACAAACGCUAAAAGAGCAAAUAAAAUAUUUACUAGAUGACGCUGAACUCAAUUCAUACAGGAGCACUAAUAUUGUCUUAAGGCGUGCAUUGUCUAAGUCAUUGAAGUCAAACCUCAGGCUUUUUCAUUUCUUUAAUAUUUUAUAUCAAGGAGUGAUUUCUAUUAAUUAAAUAGAAAAAAAAACAUAUAGAUGAUAUCUGUCUCAUAUGUCAUAUUCACAACAUCAAAUUAACCAUUUUACUCUCAUUAUCAAAACAUAUCAUUGGAAUGAGAGUCCGCCAUCUACUAAAACCGGAGCGUUUUUACAUGUGAUAGGGUUGCAAAAAUCUGCUAACCUUUCCGAAUCCCAAAAUAUAGGUGGGAAUAAACAGUACGUCUGGAAUACUCCCAACCAGGAUUACUGGAAAACCUGGGAAGUUUGAGAACGUUAACAGUUUUUCAACUCUGUCAGGAUAAGCAAUAUGCUGGUGGUGAGCACUAGUAGUGGUUUUUAUGAAAACCACUAAGAGCAUAUUUUCAUUUCACCUCCUCUGAAUAUUUUCCUUUGUCGUCCCCCCCCGGACUAGACAGUUCCCUUUCCUUUGCAUAGUGCAGUCUUACUGACCUGCCGCAGAGACGCAAGCUGCUCAGUGCACAAAGGACAUUUUCUUGUGUCCAGCCUUUCAACUACUAAACAAAUAAUGAAAUGCAGCAAAGUAUGUAGGGCAUGUUAAUCCAUUUCCAUAUUGAACACCUCUCAAUCUCGACUGUAAAAUAUGUCAGAGGGUUCGCUAGGCCCUUAAUUUCGACUAUAAAAAAUGUCAGAGGGUUCGCUAGGCCCUAAUGACUAUAAAUUGAACUGCUUGAAUUGUGGAGCACUUGCCAGAAGAGAAACAAAAGGCAGGUCUAGAAUGGUAAGUGGUGCCAACUCUGCGGUGGUUCAUACACAGGAAUCAACAUGGGACCGGUAAAGGGCAAAGCAAUGGCUAUGUCAGUUGUCUGCCAGGAUUUACUGUCCCUCCCAAAAUAAUUAGCAUAUUUUACAUGCAUCCUGAGAAUGGCACCUUUUCACUACAUUUGACCAAGGCCAAUAGGCAUCUGGUCAGAGGUAGUGCAUUAUAUAGGAAGUAGUGUGCUGUUUUGGGAGUCAUUCAUGGUCCAUAUUAACUGGUCAUUUUAGUCAUCUGUCUGUGUUACUGUGGACAUCAGAUCCACAAUGACCAGAUUUAGUUUUUAGCAAGGUCUAGUUUUUCUGCUUUGUGUAUCAGACCGGUUGAUUACUCACUGUGCUUCCCAUUACCGUUGCAUCUCAGUAGGCCUACAAAUUAUAGCAAAUGGCAGAAUGAUUUUAAACUGUAAUACCCACUACAGUACUGCAAGACGACAGUAAUGCAUAUUAUUUGUGUACGUGUUUCCCCUCAGCUUGUAGGUUUUGGUAGCUUUUAAAUUAAAACAUUGAAGCAAA